AUGGCCCCCAACGCGCGGUCCUGGCCGGGGACGGGGCCUGCCGUCCAGCCGCCCCCAGGGAGACAAAGCCCCGACACAGCGCGGAGCUCCCGAGCGCAGUCGCAGCGGGGCCGGGGACUCCCCAGACCUCCGGCCGGCCGCUCCUGUCCCCCACCGCGAAGACCUCCAACUAGCCGGGAGCGAGGGACAGGACCGACCGGGGGCGCCGGCGGGUGCCCGGCAGGACGACAGGCUGCGCCGCCCGGAGGCGGAACCGAGCAUCCGCCGCGCAGAGCGCAGGGGCCACCGCCCGCCCGCCGCGGCUUCCCCCGGCCCCGCUGGCGACCGCCGGACCGACCCAGGCCGCAGACAGAGAGGUGGCGACCGGCCGGGCGCCGCGGCGAGGGCGCGGGCACCGAGGAGACCGAGCGCGGGCGGACGACGCGCGGCGCGACCGGCACUGCGCCCGGGCGCUCGCGGCGCUGCGCCUUAAUCUGCUGGCGGCGGCGACCCCGGCGGCCGGCAGCCACUCAGCGCCACCCCACGUCACCGCUUCCUGAUUCCGCCGCCGGGGGCGGGGCCGCGGGCCGGGCGGGGAGGGCGCGCCCAGGGUGCGGCGCCCGCGUGUCCUCGCGCCCCGGCGGCCCGGAGCCCGGCGCCCGUUCAGCCGAGGCGACGCCCCCGCCGGGUUUCGCCGUCCUGGGGCCGGAGGGCGCUGUUGUCGCGGCCCGAGACCCAGGUCCAGGCGUGGCCCUGUUCGGGAACCCGGACCAGGGAGCCUCGAGACUUCUCGCUUCUUCCAAUCCUUUUCUUACCCGCGCGUAA